AUGGACCAGUCUUCCACACCAGUAUGGACCAGUGUUCCGUACCAGUAUGGACCAGUGUUCCACACCAGUAUGGACCGCUGUUCCACACCAGUAUGGACCGGUGUUACUUCAUCACUUGUGUUUUUCCUCUUCCAGUCUGCAGGUGAAGUUAAAUAUGAUUAUGGCAUACUGAUCACAACAAUAGAGGGCACUCAUCCUCUGCGGGUGUGUGUCGAGCCUGAGAGCGGCGGGAGGCGAGGAGAAAGGAUCUACAGGAAGUUUCAGAAUCUUUUGAACCCAAGACAAGUUUACAGUCUGGCACAAAACCAACCCAUGCCAGGACUUGGUUUUCUUCAGGAUGGUCCAGGUUCCAGAGUUGUGGUCUGUGGUGGAGGUGGACGGUGGAUCCUGGACAUCACAAAUAAGGCCGACCUGGACAGGAACUCCCGGUGUGUACUUCCUCUUGGCACCGGCAGCGACCUGGCAAGAUGUCUGCAGGGGGGGGGGGGUCCAAAGGUGGAGAACCUUCUGCAGAUCCCGAGGAACACGGAGAACAGCACGGAGGUGAUGCUGGACUGCUGGAAGAUAAAUGUGACGGCCACAGACGAAGAGGAGCAGGGCCAGCCGGUGCCUUACAGCAUCAUCAACAGCUACUUUUCUACCGGCGUGGAUGCCUCCAUCGUUCAUGGCUUCCACGUGAUGAGAGAGAAGAACCCGGAGAGCUUCACCAGCAGAACGAAGAACAAGCCGUGGUACUUUGAGUCUGGCACUUGGGAGACCUUCUCGGCCACAUGUCCGAAGCUCCAUGACCUUCUGGAGGUUGAGUGUGACAAUAUCAUGCUGGGCCUUAACAGCAUCUCCUUGGACGGCAUUGCCAUUCUCAACAUUCCUGGCAUGCACAGCAGCUCCAACCUCUGGGGUGAGAGCAGGAAACGGAGAGGAACCCGAAAGCGGGGGGGGAAAAAACAACAAGACAAGAGGACCACGGUGGUUGACCGCAAGGAGCUGAUGUUCGCAAUUCAAGAGAUCAUCACCAAUGCUAUGGAGGGUUUUGAACCAACUCACACAAUCGGUGGAAGAAAAAUCACCAACCUUCACUUUGCAGACGAUGUAGAUCUAAUCGCCAGCAACAGGAAGAACUAG